GUUGCAAGAUGCCGCGGUCUUUUCUGGUGAAGAAGCACUUCUCGGCCAGUAAGAAGCCAAACUACAGCGAGCUGGAGAGCCAGGCUGUGCUGACCGCCCCUCUGCUGUACGAGACCUGCCCGCUGCCCGUCAUCCCCCCGCCUGAGGUGCUCGGCCCCGGUGCUUACUACCCGCCACUGGUAUGGGACGCGGGGCUGCUCUCCAGCCUUUUCCCGGGUGGCCCAGGCAGCGAGGCGGCUGGGAGCACAGCCCCUGCCCUGGACCUCACGGCACUCUCCAGCGAGGACGAUGAAGGCAAGAGCUCUGGGCCCCCUAGCCCAGCCUCGGCCCCCGCUGCCGCCGAGCGCUUCCGCUGCGCCCAGUGUGCCAAGGCUUACUCCACCUUUGCCGGGCUCUCCAAGCACAAGCAAUUGCACUGCGACUCCCAGGCCAGGAAAUCCUUCAGCUGCAAGUACUGCGAGAAGGAGUACGUGAGCCUGGGGGCUCUCAAGAUGCACAUCCGGAGCCACACACUGCCCUGCGUCUGCAAGAUGUGUGGCAAGGCCUUCUCCCGGCCCUGGCUGCUGCAGGGCCACAUCCGGACACACACCGGUGAAAAGCCCUUUUCCUGUACACACUGCAACCGGGCCUUUGCUGACCGCUCUAAUCUCCGAGCCCACCUGCAGACCCAUUCAGAUGUAAAGAAGUACCAAUGCAAAACCUGCUCCCGGACUUUCUCCCGUAUGUCCCUGCUCCACAAGCAUGAGGAGACAGGCUGCUCCGGCUCUCGCUGAGGACUCUGCUCUCCCAGACCUCUCACCAUGCCAAUCCCAAUAUUAUAACUAGUUUCUGUAGGAGUUAGUUUUCUCCGUCACAGUGUGCACUGGGCUAGAUGCAGCUACUCCGGUCCUCAGGACUUCCACACUCCUGCUCGGUGCCUCCUGUGCAACACGAAGGAUUGAUCCUUUCCAGUCCCGGUGUCUGAGGGUGCAGGACUCAACUCUGGUGUAAAGCACGGGUGAAACUCAGGGGUGCAGCCCUGAGCCUGACCUGCUGCUGCUGCAACCCUCAGCAGGUGCCCCUGGGCACCUUGCAGGGCUGGACCCUCACCGUGGCCCCACCACCCGUGUCAAACGUUGCAACCAUGUAGCUUGGGGGGAG